CAGCUUCCCACGGCAAUGUCUUCACACGGUAAUGUCUUUCCACGGCAGCUUAGCGUUAACAGCACACUUCCUGGGUUCGUGCAGCUUCCUACACCAAGUCCAUACUCCUCGGCAUAGGAUUGGGGAAUAAGGCACAUGGACAAUCGUCAACAUCGUGAGUAGCGUCGUUCGGUAUGUAGUACCGCCGAGGCCCUGGUCUGCCUUGGCUCUAUUACUUUCCUACCUAUUAUACUCUCUUUAGCGAUCCUUUCUCUAGAUUUGCCAACUCAGAUUACAUUGAUUUCCGUGCUUCCUCAUCAUGUCACAAACUGCCACUAUCGUUCCUCCCAAGGUGCUCUGGCAGCAUCCGCAUCCAGAAACAACAUAUCUCGAACGCUUCCGUCACUACGUCAAUAGGCGGCAUAAUUUGAGCCUACAGACAUACGAUGAUAUUCAUGAAUAUUCCACAUCUCGCUAUGCCGAUUUCUGGGACGAUGUCUUCCAUUAUUCUGAUAUUAUCUACACGGGCGUUUACAAUAAAGUUGUCGAUACUUCCGCUCCCAUGCACAGCAUCCCGAAGUGGUUCGACGGUGUGAGACUCAACCUCGCCGAAAACAUUCUCUACGGCCCUGGUCGGGACCCUAACAAGCUCGCCGUAACCAGCAUCCGGGAAGGGAACACGGAUGUCCGCUCCGUGACCUGGGACGAGUUGCGCACACUUGUCGCGCGCUACGCCUCAGCGUUCCGGAAUGCGGGAGUAAACCCUGGGGACCGCGUCGCCAUUGUCGCAUCGAAUACGCUCAAUACGAUGCUCGUCUUUCUCGCAGUGACGGCGCUCGGUGCAAUCUUUACGAGCACUAGCACAGACAUGGGGACGAAGGGUAUUCUUGACCGGCUGCUACAGGUCCGGCCGCGAAUCGUGCUGAUGGAGGACCUCGCUGUGUAUGCGGGAAAGAAAACUAAUCUCAAGCAAAAGGCCAUCGAAGUGGCGAAUGCAUUGAAGGGCACGCCGGAAUUUGAGAAGUUCAUCGUUUGCCCGAGAGGUGCAGAUGUGGGAGAUAUCUCGCAAAUUUCCAAGAGCCAGUCCCUUGUUACAUUUUUAGCUACGGCGAGGCCUAUAACACGAGAGAAACUUUUCUUCCAACACGCCUUCGACACACCUUAUCUAAUUGCUUACUCCUCCGGAACAACCGGUCAGCCAAAAUGCAUCGUCCAUGGCGCAGGCGGCGUUCUCAUUUCUCAAAAGAAAGAACUUCUCCUCCACUACAACAUCGGCCCCUCGUCCACGCAAAUGAUCUUCACCACAACCUCCUGGGCCAUGUAUAAUAAAUCCAUCACGUCCCUCCUUACCGGCGCCCAUAUCAUCACCUAUGACGGCUCGCCCUUCCAUACCGCCCCCACCGUCCUCCUAGAGAUUGCCGCCCAGCACAAGGUCACUCAUCUCGGCAUCUCCCCCCGCUACCUUGAAGAACUCGAGCGCCGCGGGGUUGAGCCGAAGAAGCAAUUCGAUCUCUCCGCCUUGGAAAUGGUGAACUGCACCGGCGCGGCCCUCCUUCCACAGCAGUACGCCUGGUUCUACGGCACCGCCUUCGGAGCUCACGUCCAGCUUGCCAACUCUGCCGGUGGUACAGACACGGCAUGCUGCUUCGCGGCCCAGGUUCCCACCCUCCCCGUCUACGCUGGCGAACUACAACGCCCGGCACUGGCCAUGGAUAUCGGCGUCUUCGAGCCUUCAUCCUCCUCCACAAAUAGCAGUGGAAUUCCCAGUGGUGUCCCCGUCCCGCGAGGCCAACCCGGCGAGCUCGUCGUUUGCAAGUCCUUCCCCAGUAUGCCCGUCAUGUUCUGGGGCGAUGGUGGUGCCGAACGCUACCACUCAGCAUACUUCUCGCAGCUAGCCGACGUCUGGACGCAGGGCGACUAUAUCCGCAUCGUUGCGUCGACCGGCGGUGUUGAGUUCCUUGGGCGCAGCGACGGAGUCCUCAACCCAUCGGGCGUGCGCUUCGGCUCGGCCGAGAUCUACUCUGUCGUCCAGCACUUCCCCGCCAUCCUGGAUAGCAUCUGCGUGGGGCAGCGACGGCCGCGCGACAGCGACGAGCGCGUGUUUCUCUUCGUGCAGAUGCGCUCCGGCGCGAAGUUCACGGUGGAGCUCGAGGCUGAGAUCAGGGCCGCGAUCAGGAAGGCACUGAGCGCGCGCCACGUGCCGAAGUAUAUAUUCGAGUGUCCGGAGCUUCCGAUGACGAUUAAUGGAAAGAAGGUUGAGGUGCCGGUGAAGGCGAUUAUCAGCGAGAAGAGGGUGGUGGCCAGCGCGACGCUGGCGAAUGCUGGGUGUCUUGGGUUUUUUGAGCGCUUUGCGAGGGUGGAAGAGCUCAUGGGCGAGGAGGGAAGGGCGAGGUUGUAGGGAUAUUUAGAACAUUGUUGCUAGGGGCUAAAGCUAUCUUUAGGAAAUUACAAAGAGGGCGAAAAGAGGGUUCUGAAGAUGAUACAAAGAGAAAUAAACCACCUAUUUUGAGUUUGAAG